AUGUCUUCAUCAACUAUCUUUCUGCAUGAUUUUCUUGUUCCUAAUGAUGGUUCUCAAGGACCAUUUGAAUUAACAACUGUUCCUUCUCAACGAAUAAAUUUUCGAAGAGAACGAAGUCCAUCUCUUGAAGAUAAUGAAUCAAUUUUUAAAUCUGCACGUACAGAUUAUCAAUCAGAUUUAAUAGCUGAUCCACCUCUUCCUCGUCGUCGUGUUGCUAAAAAGACAACAAUAAGUAAAUCUAUACCAACAAAUAAUAAUAAUAAAACACCAAUAAAUCAACAACGUGCACGUCGAAUAACAGCUGAUGAUACUUAUGAUGAAAUCACUCAUUAUACGCCUCCAUCACGGCAAUCAUCUCAACCAAUCAUGAAUGUUAAUAAUAAUGAAGAAAUUGGUCUAAGUCGAAUACCUGAUCAACCAUUAUUACCAACAUUUAGUGAUAAAGUUCAGCAUGAACUUCUUAUGGGUAAUCCUGAAUUAAUCAUGAAUGAAUUAAUUCGAGAAGCAGCUGAUUUCUAUAUGAAUGUUUAUCCACAAUUAACUCAUGGUGUUGAAUAUAAAAAAAUUGGUAUUGCACUAAUUAAUGAAUAUCCUUGUUUAGCUUGUGAAGAUACAAUUAAUCCUCAUGGUUUAAUAACAUCUCGAUUAUCAGCUCGUAUACGAAAUGUUCGUCGAAAAAUGCGUACAAGAGAACAAAAAUGUCAAAUGCGUGGAACAAUUUAUUAG